UGAGGAGGAGGAGGAGAGGGAGAAGCGGGAGGACUCGCGCGCAGCUCGGAGACGCACGGGACUGAAGGAGGCAGAGGAUUCUGACGCCUUUUUUUUUUAUUUUAUCCUUGUUGUUUCCCGCCACACGGACAGGUGUUGCAUCGGAGCGCGAGGGAGACCUGGAUCUGGAUCCUGCGGAGUCCGAGAGGAUUAUUUUUAUUUUCCUGGAUGUUUUCAGGGAAUCCUGCAGGAGCAGAGCGGAUUUUUAUCUUUGGCUCUUUUUGCUGCAUGCCUGAAUAAAAAUAAUAAAAUAAAAAUAAUAAAAUAAAAUAAAAUCCCGCAGAAUAACAGGAUCCUGCGACGCACGGACCGGUUCGAGGGGGUUUCUCUGCACCCCCAGACUAAACCUGGUCCUCCCCGGACCCCGACACCCCGAUGGCGCGCGGCGCUGCACGGGGACACCAUGACGGCUGAUCCGGGACCCGUUUUUCCUCCCGUUUAGGAGCCCGUUUCCGUCUGGGAGCCGGACCAUGACCUCCAGCCGCGCUCCAUCUCGCGCCAUUCUCCACACAGCCCGAGGGAAAAGCGCGCGCCCUCGGUUCGAUGCGCACGAGAGGACGUCGCCUUCCCAAAGCCGCUGAUCCGACAGGAAGGGAGGGGGGACCGCAAACCGAACCGAGCGCUCAGACCGGAUCCCGCGGCGGCAGGAGGAGGAGGAGGGGGCGGGGAUGGAGCUGUCCGAGGUCCGGUGCUCCAGCGCGAGCGAGGACCUGUACACCAUCAACAAGACCCCCGGCAGCGGCAGCGCGCGCCCCAAACGGCUGCUGUGGCAGACCGCCGUGCGCCACAUCACCGAGCAGCGCUUCAUCCACGAGCAGGGCGGGGGAGGGGGGCUCAAAGACGACCCCUUCGACCCCAUCCAGGGCGCUCGGAAGCAGUCGUCGGCGGGGGACCGGCACAACAACGGCGGGACCAAGGUGUUCCCCGAGCGCGCGAGCAGCGACCUGGGCUUCCUGCAGCUGGACUGCGCGCCCAGCAACUCGGACUUCUUCCUGAACUGGGGCUACACGUACCGGGGGGUCAUCUUCCCCACCCUGAGGAACGCCUUCAAGUCCCGGGACCUGGAGCGGCUGUACCAGCGGUACUUCCUGGGCCAGAGGCGGAAGUCGGUGGUGGUGAUGAACAUCCUGGACGUGGUGACCAAGCUCACYCUGCUCGUGCUGCACCUCACCCUGGCCUCGUCCCCCAUGGACCCGGUGAAGGGCGCCCUGCUGGGCUUCUUCACGGGCAUCGAGGUGGUGAUCUGCGCCUUGGUGGUGGUGCGGAAGGACGCCACGUCGCACAGCUACCUGCAGUACAGCGGCGUGGUCACCUGGGUGGCCAUGGCCACGCAGAUCCUGGCGGCCGGGCUGGGCUACGGGCUGCUGGGGGACGGGGUGGGCUACGUGCUCUUCACGCUGUUCGCCACCUACAGCAUGCUGCCGCUGCCGCUCACCUGGGCCAUCCUGGCCGGCCUCUUCACGUCCGGGCUGCACGUGCUGGUGCAGCUGCUGGUCUCCGAGGGCGCGCGGCUCUCCACCAACCAGGUGGCAGCUCAGGCCGUGCUCUUCUUGUGCAUAAACACUGCUGGGAUCUUCAUCAGCUACCUGUCGGACCGGGCCCAGAGGCAGGCCUUCCUGGAGACGCGGCGCUGCAUCGAGGCUCGGCUGCGACUCGAGACGGAGAACCAGAGACAGGAGAGGCUGGUCUUAUCAGUGCUGCCACGUUUUGUAGUUUUGGAAAUGAUCAACGACAUGACAAAUGUAGAGGACGAACACCUCCAGCAUCAGUUCCACAGAAUCUACAUCCACCGCUACGAGAAUGUCAGCAUUCUUUUCGCAGAUGUUAAAGGCUUCACAAACCUCUCCACGACGCUCUCUGCGCAGGAGCUCGUACGAAUGUUGAAUGAACUCUUUGCUCGUUUCGACCGCCUCGCACACGAGCAUCACUGUCUGCGAAUCAAGAUCCUGGGAGACUGUUACUACUGCGUGUCCGGUCUACCUGAGCCCAGACCGGACCACGCCCACUGCUGUGUGGAGAUGGGACUGAGCAUGCUCAAAACCAUCAGAUACGUGAGGUCACGUACGAAACACGACAUCGACAUGCGCAUCGGGAUCCACUCGGGCUCGGUGCUCUGCGGCGUGCUGGGACUCAGGAAGUGGCAGUUUGACGUCUGGUCCUGGGACGUGGACAUCGCCAACAAGCUGGAGUCCGGCGGCAUCCCCGGGAGAAUCCACAUCUCCAAAGCAGCGUUGGACUGCCUGAACGGGGACUACGAGGUGGAGGAAGGCCACGGCAAAGACCGCAACGACUUCCUGCGGCGCCACAACAUCGAGACGUACCUGAUCAGGCAGCCGGAGGAGAGCCUGCUCACGCUGCCGGAGGACAUCAUGAAGGAGGCGGCCAGCUCGGCCGACCGCCGCUCCAGCAGCGCCACCUUCAACGAGGCCUCGUGGAGCCCCGAGCUGCCCUUCGACAACAUCGUGGGGAACCAGAACACUCUGGCUGCCCUAACGAGAAAUUCGAUAAAUCUGCUUCCAAACCAUCUUGCACAAGCUUUGCAUGUCCACUCUGGUCCUGAGGAAAUUAACAAGCGAAUAGAGAGUGCCAUCGACUUACGGAGUGGCGAUAAGUUGAGAAGAGAGCAUAUCAAGCCUUUCUCACUGAUGUUUAAAGACUCCAGCCUGGAAGAGAAGUACUCACAGAUGAGGGACGAGGUGUUCAAGUCCAACCUGGUUUGCGCCUUCAUUGUGCUCAUCUUCAUCACCACCAUUCAAAGCCUGCUUCCCUCUGCCAGGAUGGUCACCAUGGUGAUCCAGUUUUCGGUCCUCAUCGUCCUCCACUCCUGCCUGGUCCUCGUCACGACGGCAGAGGAUUAUAAAUGUCUGCCUCUGGUCCUGAGGAAGGCCUGCUGCUGGAUAAACGAGACGUACGCGGCGCGGAACGUCAUCAUCUUCGUCUCCAUUCUUAUCAACUUCCUGGCAGCCAUGAUCAAUAUCCUGUGGUGUGACUUCGAUAAGUCCAACACCUUCAGGAACCAGACGUACAACGAGUCCGCCUCCAUCCCAGACAUCUGCUUCUACCCAGAGUAUUUUGUAUUCACAGGCGUGCUGGCGAUGGUCACGUGCGCCGUCUUCCUGCGGCUGAACUCGGUGCUGAAGCUGGCCGUGCUGCUGGUGAUGAUCGCCAUCUACUCCCUGCUGACCGAGGCCUUCUACACCUCGCUGUUCGUCCGCUACGACACCGUGCACCACAACACCGAGAACUUCCUGGGAACCAAAGAGACGUCGUUGCUCCUGAUGGCCAUGUUUCUCCUCGCCGUCUUUUACCACGGCCAGCAGCUGGAGUACACGGCCCGGCUGGACUUCCUGUGGCGAGUUCAGGCGAAGGAGGAGAUCAACGAGAUGAAGGAACUGCGAGAACACAACGAGAACAUGCUGAGGAACAUCCUGCCCAGCCACGUGGCCCGCCACUUCCUGGAGAAGGACCGCGACAAUGAGGAGCUGUACUCCCAGUCCUACGACGCCGUGGGCGUCAUGUUCGCCUCCAUCCCGGGCUUCGCCGACUUUUACUCCCAGACCGAGAUGAACAACCAGGGAGUGGAGUGUCUGCGGCUCCUCAACGAGAUCAUCGCGGACUUCGAUGAGCUGCUGGGUGAGGACCGGUUCCAGGACAUCGAGAAGAUCAAGACCAUCGGUAGCACCUACAUGGCCGUGUCUGGUCUGUCACCUGAGAAACAGCAGUGUGAAGAUAAAUGGGGUCACCUGUGUGCUCUGGCAGACUUCGCCAUCGCCCUGAACGAGAGCAUCCAGGAGAUCAACAAGCACUCCUUCAACAACUUCGAGCUGCGGAUCGGUAUGGCUCACGGCUCYGUGGUAGCGGGUGUGAUUGGCGCCAAGAAGCCUCAGUACGACAUCUGGGGGAAGACGGUGAACCUGGCCAGCCGCAUGGACAGCACUGGCGUGAGCGGGAAGAUCCAGGUCCCGGAGGAGACCUACCUGAUCCUGAAGGAGCGCGGCUUCGCCUUCGAGUACCGCGGCGAGAUCUACGUGAAGGGCAUCAGCGAGCAGGAGGGCAAGAUCCGAACGCACUUCCUGCUGGGCCGCGUGCAGCCCAACCCGCUCAUCCUGCAGCCGCGCAAAAUCACGGGCCAGUACUCGCUGGCCGCCGUGGUGCUGGGCCUGGUCCAGUCCCUCAACCGGCAGAAACAGAAGCAGAUCCUGAACGAGAACAACAACCCGGGCAUCAUGAAGGGCCACCACCACUACAACCGCAGGACGUUGUUAGCGCCCGGCGGCUCCGAGGUGGGCGGGGGCCACCACCCCGAGGCCGCGGAUAAGAUGGAGCUGUCCUGAGGAGCACACCGGAGCUUCAGGUCCACUUCUGAGAGGCAGAACUGCUCCCAGCCAGAACUGUUUGGUUGAGUCUCAGUGGCUUUAAACCGGUUUUUGUUUUGAUGGUGUUGAUGAGAUCUGAAGAAGUCUGGUCCAGGUGGGUCUACAGAGGGUAGGGACGGGUCAGGAGACCCGUGAGAACUGAAACCUCACUGGGGUGACACUGUUGGAGACUUGUUGGUGUCCAGUCCUGAUCCCUGUGGACCCUCGAGGGUCACCAUCCUUCAUGUUUGAGGUCAUUUAAUCUUUGAAUCCAGCGAGCAGGGAAACAACUAAAACCCUCCAGAACCCACGUAGGGGUCUCUGCAGAACAUGGUGUCCUGUGGGCGGGGACAACCCAAAUCGUGAUUGGCGGAGGUCUUAAUGUGGGCGGAGACAACCCAAAUCGUGAUUGGAGGAGGUCUUAAUGUGGGCGGGGACAACCCAAAACGUGAUUGGAAGAGGUCUUAAUGUGGGCGGAGACAACCCAAAUUGUGAUUGGAAGAGGUCUUAAUGUGGACGGAGACAACCCAAAUUGUGAUUGGCGGAGGUUUUAAUGUGGGCGGAGACAACCCAAAUCGUGAUUGGCGGAGGUCUUAAUGUGGGCGGAGAC